UUAAGAAGGAAAAAGACCACACAAAAGAAAAGAAGAUAGGUAGGAGGAGAUGUUCAUGAUGAUGGGCACCAGUACUACUACUACUCCUAGCCCAGAAAAUAUCAGAAAUAUUGAAACCACCACCUCCACUUUCCCAACCUGGAAACUUUACGAAAACCCUUCAUAUAAUUCUCAAAAACUUCAUCAAAAUCCACUCCCACGACAACAAAACCAGCAGCAGCAGUGCCGAAACUUUAGCAACAAGCAACAAGAAGUCCACCACUGCCUGCACCUCCCCAUCUCCGCCCGGAAGCUCGCCGCUUCCUUCUGGGAUCUCACCUUCUUCAAGCCGGCAAUGGAGUCCGAGAUGGAUUACACGCGAGCCCAGAUCACCGAAAUGAAAGCGAAGCUCAAAUACGAGCGAAAAGCGCGCAAGAAGGUGGAGAGUUCAAACAAGAUGCUGGCAAAAGAGUUGGGGGAGGAGAGAAGGUUGAGAGAAGCGAUCGAGAGGGUUUGCGAGGAGCUUGCCAGAGAGAUUUCUUUCGGGAAGUCGGAGAUCAUUAGGAAUAGGAAAGAGAUCGAGGAGGAGAGGAAAAUGCUUCGAAUGGUGGAGAUGCUGAGAGAGGAGAGGCUUCAGAUGAAGCUCACCGAGGCGAGGCUUCUGUUCGAAGAGAAGGUGUUAGAACUGGAGGGGUGUAAACAAAUGUUAAGCGCCGCAGAGAACUCACAUUUCAAGAUCAAACACAAGAGUGAGUACGCUAAUGUUGCUAGUUUUAAUAAUUCGAGUGAAAAGUCUGGUGCUUUUAGUGGUGAUCGAAACAAUGACUCUGUUUCCAGUUUUUCUACUGCAACUUCAAGGGAAGUGCUUUUGGGUGAGAAAGCAGCUUUUAGUGAAAACAGUGGAGGUUUUUCAUCAAUGGCGGUUCAGAAAAGAUCCUCACCAGAACCAGAAAAUCCUCACAUAAAGAGAGGGAUCAAAGGAUUUGUUGAAUUCCCAAGAGUUGUCAGAGCAAUUGGAUCAAAAAGUAGGCAUUGGGGUACAAAGCUGGAAUGCCAAAAAGCUCAGCUCAGAAUUCUGAUGAAGCAAAAGAGCCCCAUUAGAUCCAAUAGUUUCACUAUUAGUUGAAAGAUCAUAAUGUGAAAUGGAAAAUCGACCAAAAUAAUCGUUUUUUUAAAUUUUAAUUGCUGGAAAUGAUUAGUUUCUCAGUAUGUCUCAAUAUGUCGUCCAUAUCUAUUCGUUUUGCCAUCCAUUUUUAUGGUUAUGUCAUUGAUCAAUCCAGCAAUUAAGAUUUGAUUUCUGAUUACUUUAGUCGAUUUCUCAUGUUAAUUUAUUCUUGAUUAUCUUUUUCUUAUGUGGAUUGUUGAAAGAGUGGUAUGAUUUUGUGCUUAUUGUACAUUUUAUUGUAUGAUGAAAUUAAUCAGAAAAAAAAAAAAAAAGGCUUGCUUUGGAUC